AGUUAGUUUUGUUUUGCAACAGUAUCUUAAUAAAUAUUACAGCGUCUGUCCAUGUCGAAUUCAUAAAAUUCUUGUUUUCAAAAUGCGGAUAACAGCUAACAUCAUUGAUGAAGAGCCUUAUAUGUUUACAUUGCCACCAUCAGAGGAUCAUUCAAGGCGAGAAGAAAGAAAGCAACGAAAAACAGAUUCAAAUUGGUUCUUCAAAAAUUUUCAGCUUCCUGGUAAACCAGACAGAAGGAACUCUGGGCUAAAUGAAAAAUCUGAGCCAAGAAUUGCCAGCCCAUGGGAUCCAAAUUACUGCCCAAGAAUUAAAGAAGUGACAAAGAAAUUUAGAAAUUUGCAUCUCUCUGAUGCUCUGACCCUAUGUGAAAAUUACCAUACAUUCUUUGAUUCUGCUUCAGCAUCUCGAACAAUGGAGAAAGCUUCUGGGGAUCUGAAUUUGGAUGAGUUUGAUAUAGAACAGUGUCCUUUGUGGUUACAACAAUAUAUGAUAAAAAUGAAACAUGAGAUAAAGAAAGAGGUUCUUGAUGAGCUCCUGCAAGUAUCUCAAGGUGAAUUACCGACCAUUAAACCUGGGGCAGCAUCUAAAGUGGAAGAAAACCAGUCAGACUUUCAAGGUGAAGUUGUUCAUGCAGGUAUCUUUUGUGAUAAUUGUGAUCAGCUCAUUCAUGGAAUUCGGUAUAAAUGUGGAAAUUGCUCAGAUUUUGAUCUCUGCCAAGAGUGUGAAAGCCUGCCUAACAUACAUAAUAAAAAUCAUAUAUUCUUGAAAAUACGAUAUCCUAUUGCUUUAAAGAUGUAUCUCAAGCAAAAGCAUCAAGAAAUUCCAAAUCCAGGAAAAAUGCAUACAGGGUCAUCAAGAAGUCGACAAACCAAAAAAUUAUAUGAAGCAAAAUUUGUAAUGGAUGAAACCAUACCUGACAGUACUGUUCUCCCACCUUCUACCAAAUUUGUGAAAAGUUGGAGAGUUGUAAAUAGUGGUACUAGAGUUUGGACUCAUGCUACUAAACUGCGUUUGAUACAAGGCUCCCCAGGUCUAGUACCUACUAAUGAUCAUGUGGAUGUUCCACACCUUAAACCUGGAGAAGAGGGAAUUAUUUCAGUUCUUUUCACUACUCCAUCUUUCCCAGGAGUUUUUCGUAGUCAUUGGAAUUUCUGCCAUAAGAGUCGUCCAUUUGGUGAUAUUGUUUGGUGUCAUAUUGUUGUAAGAUCUCCAGAAGAAGCAGAAAAUGAAAAUGCACCCUCAGAAAAGUUGCAGAGUGACAAAACAGCCUCAAAGGAAACGAGCACCUCUAAAAGCAAGAAGUCUAAGCCAAGUGAGGAUCUAAAGUUUUGCUAUGAAAUAAUAACAGAUUUGUUUGAAGAGACGCAUGUGGCUUAUGCUUGGCCAUUUUACAAGAUAGAUUUUUCAGAUUAUAAUGCAAAAAUCAAAACACCUAUGGAUCUUAAUACUAUGAAGGCAAAAAUAGAAGAUUCUAAAUACAACUCUCCUGAAGAAUUUGCUGCUGAUAUGCGAUUAAUAUUCAACAAUUGUUAUAAAAACUGUGCUAAUAGCUCAAUUGUUAUGAAGGCAAGACAACUCCAGACCGUAUUUGAAAGUAAAUAUGCUGACCUACAUGCUGAAGCAAGCAGGUGUCAGACAGCUGCAUCAAAAACAGAAACUCGAAUACGUUCCAGUUCAGAAUCAUCCUCAAGUGAUUCUGAAGAAGACCACAAAAGAAAGUUAAAAUUGCAGCAACUUCCUGAAGAGGUGGCUGAAAACAAGCAAGAUGAAGUUUCCUGUAUUGCACAAGUUUUGACUGCUGUUAAAAAAGAACAUGACAGAGGAAAUAUUGUUAUUAGGAAAGCAGUUGUUUCAUCUCAGACAGCCACUCCUAAUAAUACUCCGUUUGAUUUGACUCCACCAAAAUCUCCUGAUCAUCAUGCACCAACAAUGAAAGACGUGCACAGUAUGAAUGUAAACAAUUCCCAAGAUGUCAAAGAUUCCGAUAAUGAUGAUGAUGAAUGUAGUGUUGUAAGCCUAGGAAGUUCCGAAUCUGAUACAGAAUUUGUUGUUAUUCCAAUGCCGAAAUGUUUCAAUCUGUCAGAGUCUUUCUUUGCUCAACAUAGGUCUAGUUUGUUGUCAAACUAUCCAAAUGAAGCAGUGCCCGAUUAUUCUGGCAAAAAUAUCCAUAAAAUGAUGCAAUUUGGAGACCAAGAAGUUGGAAUUAUUUCUGCAGAAAAUAUGCAACCACAGAAAUGUGCUCCAAAAAGUAAUCCACUGACUUCAGGAACUGUUUCACAAGAAACUGGAGUUCCUGAAUUAUCUGUUAUCUCUUGUGACCAAUAUCUGGAUAUUGUAGAAAAACAGAAAAAUAGCAAGAAAACAAAUGUAUCUGUUGUUACUGAUGGUUCUUCUUCUGAAGUAAGCAUCAUUGAAAGUGGAGAUAAUAGUCCGACUGCGGAAAAUGCAACACAAACUAUUGGCUCAGUUAACAUCAGUGUGUCUUCUGAGGGUGAUUCAGGUGCUUAUGAAGGUGAUGAAGUAAAAGUCUCUUGGAAUGCAUCAAAUGACAAUGUAAUUUCUCAGGAACAUGCACAGAAUGAGCCUCAGCCUGAAGAAAAUCCAUCAAGUAUGACAUUUCCAAAGUUUCCUAUUGAAUUUGUCAACAGUACAUAUGAUCCAUCUCCAGCGUCAAAUGAAGAAAGAACUGUUCAAGUAUUGCCAGAAGGCCUUGUAACAGGAGCUCUUAGUGCUGCUGCAUCGCUUUAUAAUACUGCCCGAGCUGUUAUAUCAACUGUACAACAACCAAGGAAUGCUGCGGGAGCAUGCUUGUCACAAGAAUUGCCUCAAGCUGCCACCAGUGGACCAACUCUGAAUACCCAUUCAACUAAUCUUAAUCCUAUGGAGCAGCUAAUUGAGAUGGGAUUUUGCAACAGACAGCAAAAUGAAAGCCUUUUGAAGAAACACAAUGGAGAUCUUCACUUAGUUGUUGCUGAACUGGUCAGUUUGAAUGACAAUGAUUGGUAUGCUUCUCGCCACAUUCCUUCGCCUCCACCUUUUGAUUAGAAGUCACUUUGUGGUGAACGAACUAAAAAUACUACGCAAUUUAAAUUUUAUGUAUGAAGUUAUAUACUAUGCAUUUUUUCUUCAUUUUUUAUGAUGAAACCUAUCUUUUAUGUAUGAACAAUGUAUGUUGCUUUAGUAUUCAUCUUCCAUGUUUAUUAAUAUAGGUGUAGUCACACAGACUAAAUGUGAUUUUCUUGUGUAAUAAAACCUGUUGUACAAUAAAAAUUUUAUUCACUAUC